AUCAGUGGUGAAGAAAUGAAACUCAGAAUGAACACAGGUAGCUUAAGUUUCGUUUCCUGUGUUUAGAAAGCUUUAGUCAGUGGGUGUGGUCUAAACCAGAUCCAUUCUAACUGUGUUCACUCCUCUCUACACCAACACACAGUGAGCACUUAUUCUUAGAAGUAGUAACUUUUCAUUCGUCUUUGGUAUCAGACACCAUGCAGGUCCGACAAAACAGGAGAGGACAUACUGAACAUUUUUGGGAUGGUGUGCACUUGAAGCUGGAUGAUUUAAAACAGAAAGCUCGGGAAGCAGGUCUGAACAGUCAAUACCUCUACAAGGAAAACAUCCCAGAAUACCCUAAACCAGAGCUCCAUGUGAUUCGUCUGAAACAUGACACAAAUAAAGAAGGUUUAAGUGGCAUCAGGAAGGAUGAAGGCUUCAAGGAUCCCUGCCAACGGGACCCUGGACGUGGUCUGGUCUGGUGGUAUCUGUAUGUGGGGCCAGAAGAGGUGAGGUCAGUUGAGACCAGACUCCUGGAGAAAACCUUCCCAGACUGGACCAAGGAGCAGGCUGACACCCAGCAGAGCCUCCUGUGGAAGUUCGCCACCUCCCCGGCCUUUAAGGAGACGUCCCGGCUGGGCUCGUACCGCUUCACCUUCCCCCUGGAGGAGGUCCUGUGGAACUACAGCCAGCAGUUUUGUUCUGGUCAGCAGCCGGUCAUGAGGGUCUAUGAGACCGUCCUGUACAAACAGGAAUUCCAAUAUACUGUACUGGUCCACAGUCCAGCCAACGAGGAGCAGUUCUCUAGGUUUCCUUUGCUGAGCGACCACCCAAACGCUGUGUGCGUUUACAGAGACGGUCGCUUCGUCUGGAGGCCGGAGGCCAUGUGUGAGACUCACAGCUACGAGUUGGUCCAGAAACCUGAUGAAAAAGAGAUGAAAGCUCAGGAGCUGUUUGGUCGGGAGAUUCAAUUCUAUGUCUGGGAUAUCGUUGCCAUCGCCCUGUAUGUGGAUAAAGAGGUUCAGGUGCUGAAGUUUGGUGCUGAUCGUCUGAGAGAGAACCUCAGCUUCUGUGAAAAAGAUGAAGUAACAACUAGUCCCUAUUGGGAAUUUGUUACUCCCGCUGAUGCUGAAGUCCAGGUGAAUAAGUUGUGGUCAAACGGUGACAUGAAACUGAAGGAAGAGAUUUCACUGGAGCAGAGCUUCACAGCUGCUGGAGGAGGACCGGUCAAGUUGGAGGAGGACAUGGAGUACAUGUAGUAUAAUCUUAAAGCCUGUGAUGUGCUAAAAAGAAGAUAAAUUAAAAAGAUGCAUGCUGAAUGACUAUGACGUCAUGUUUGAUUGAUUAUCCUGAUAUAUCUGAUAAUAAUACCUUUAGUUUGAUCAUGUUUGAUUAUAAUGAUAUAAUUGAAUUACAAUGAUGAGCCUGAUCAUAGUGUCAUAGUUUGAUUACAAUAUGAUGUUUGAUGUGAUGGGCCUUCACCAGGUAUGUACUACUAGAACACAAAGGGAGAGCACUGAAUUUAAAAAAAAGUAUAUCUACUGUAUUUCUCAUAAGAGCACAGGUGUAUGUAGAAGAUAGUUGCACUUAUUACACUUGGUGAAAUUCAGUUUGCAAUAAACUUAAAGAAAUUGA